GCUAGCACACCGAGAGGCUCAUGCACUGACACCUCCGUGCUCCUGGGCACGCAUUUGCUCCCCCGAAACGAACCGAAGCCCGGGCAGGAAGGGUGCGCCAGCCUGGCGAUGGAGGCGACCCUGAAGGCGUUCAUCUCCCUUCUACAGAAACACCGUACUGGGAUCAGAUGAAGCUGCAGAUGACAUGACCAAAGUCAAAACAAUGCAUGAACUGAUGAGAAAGAGGACUGAGAACAUUAGCUGCUUAGUUGCUGGAAAUCCUAAAUGCAACUUUACUACCGAGAGACCCUGAUGUUAUGUGAUCACUGAACACAGUUUGCAAGAAUGGAAAACCAAAGGAAAACCAAAACUAGUUGCAUCUCAUAAAUAAAAAUUUUCAAGAUUCAGCUGAAUCAAAAAAUUAUUCCAGCCAUGGGAGAAAAUGCAAGUUUUUGGGAAAGUUUGAUAUAUGCACAUCCUACGUGUACCACCUGGAAGCAACAAGCAGAGGGAUCUAUCUACCACCUCGCCAGUAUUUUCUUUGUCGUGGGCUUCAUGGGUGGAAGUGGAUUCUUUGGGCUUCUCUAUGUUUUCAGCUUGCUUGGACUGGGAUUUCUCUGCUCUUCUGUUUGGGCUUGGCUGGAUGUGUGUGCUGCUGAUAUAUUCUCCUGGAAUUUUGUCCUGUUCGCUAUAUGCUUUGUCCAGUUCGUUUACGUUACCUACCAAGUCCGGAGCGUUGCCUUUGACAGGGAAUUCCAGGAACUCUACAGUGCUCUCUUCCAGCCUCUGGGAAUUUCCUUGACUGUGUACAGGAAGAUUGUCUUGUGCUGUGAUGCAGAAGUGAUUACCCUGGAGAAGGAACAUUGUUAUGCCAUGCAGGGCAAAACACCUAUUGACAAACUGUCCUUGCUUGUGUCAGGCAGGAUCAGAGUGACAGUUGAUGGGGAGUUUCUGCAUUAUAUUUUUCCUCUUCAAUUUCUGGACUCUCCUGAAUGGGAUUCACUGAGGCCCACAGAAGAGGGAAUUUUUCAGGUGACACUCACAGCAGAGACAGACUGUCGGUACGUGGCCUGGAGGAGAAAAAAGCUCUACCUGCUGUUCGCUAAGCACCGCUUCAUCUCCCGCCUCUUCUCCAUUCUCAUUGGGAGCGACAUCGCCGAGAAACUGUACGCCCUGAACGACAGGGUGCACGUGGGCCAGGGCUUCAGGUACGACAUCCGCCUGCCCAACUUCUACCACGUUGCGCUGCCCGAGAGCCCUCCCGUGCAGGCCUCGCCGCGCUCCCGCCAGCUGCAGCGCGCCUCGCCGCGCCGCACGCCCGCCCCGGUCACCAACUGCGGCGCCUUCCUCGCACCCUCCUAGCCCGGAAAGCUCUGCUGCAGCCAUUCCUCCAAGCCGUGGAGGGAAGUGGAAGGUGGCAGGGCAGAAGAGCAGAGAGACAAAAGCAGAUGAAGCCAAAUUUGACUGACAAGUGCCAUUUAUGUUAACUGGAGUAGGUUGGAUUCUCUAUCUCAAGCCAGCAGGUUGGCUUCUGCAUUGUGACUGUCUGUGCAAUAUGUUUACUUUCUGUUCAUACUCCUGUUGAUCUUCAUCUCUUUUGUUUUGGAGAACAAACCAUAACAGUAUGAGGUCUUAUUGCAAUUGUGGUGGCCUCUGUGGUGGCGUGUUGUUUUUUUUUGUUUUGUUGUUGUUUUUUUUUUUAAGCAAAGCCCAUGGUAAUUGUAAUUAUAUUUUCCUCAAAAAAAUUUUGUCAAAAUGAAGUACAGUCAGAAUAGUCAAUGAAAACAACUAAGUUCUCUUCAGAAUAUGGCAACUGGCUUAUAAUGUUCUUUUUUAUGCCAUGUGGACAUUCUCUCAAUUUACAUGAUUAAUGUUGCAGAAAAAAGACUAAGGAACGAUUGCAUUGGGUUUGUUUCUUAAAGAAAUGAAAAAUUUUGAAAUGCACAACAUUGUUAAAAACCCAAACAAAACAAAACAAAACAUUCUGUCCCAUGAGUAAUUGGUUUCUCUCCGACUGUCCUUAAGAGGUAUUACGUGAAAACAAACAUAAGUGUAAUUUCUGGCAUUAGAAAAAUAAAAGAGCUGUAACUGCUGCAAAUACAGCUUAGGGAAAUGGUUGUGUAGCAUUUCUGAUAGAAUGUGAUGCUAUAGGACCUGGGCUUCCGCAGUGUCAGCGCCCUUCAUGACAUGUACAAUAAAUAAUGUUAAUCAAUCUACUGCCAAACCAUUGGAGUUUGAUGUAUAAUAUUCCUUUUAGCUAUGUUUGUCAGGAAGAGACUGAAACAGCUGCAGCAAUAAAUACAAUUUUUAACUGACGCAUUCUUGUUUAGCUUCCAGAGUCACUUUUCCGUGCCUAUGAAAUUCUUGAUUCAAAAUAUAUUCUCUCCCUAAUUCUGUGGUGUUUUAUGACAUAAGGGAGCCUCAGAUUGCACUUCAGUAGGAGGGAGUUGGUUUUGACCCUCGGGGUCACUGUGCCUUUGAAGAGAAGUGUCCAAAUGUCCUUGCUAACUCACCUUCCUGCUGCUCUGCCUGAUGCCUGCCAGUAAUCAAAAAGUAAGAAGCAUUACUAUUUUAUGAGAAUGGAUUGCUGCUUGAUAUGUCUGGAAGUAGAUAAUAUUUUUAAUAUUUUAAAAUUGCUGGUUUGUUUGGUAGGACGACCCCUGUGUGCUUCUCUGUGUGGGUAUACAUAUAAGUUUAGAUCCUGCGAGUUGUUUCUGGAGGACUUAAAAUGAUGAUACAAUCUUACACUUGAAGGAUAAUCAUGUAUAAAAUGUAUAAAAAAGCUAUUAGGAGUGAUGUGAAACGCUACCUGUUUGAAGGACAUUUAGUGCAGAGCAGAUAAGAUUGUACAAGUUUUGCUUUUAGCUUUAUGUUGCUUCCUCAGAGAGGAAAAACAGCAAAACAUAAAUACCCCAGCAUGCAAUGUGAUAAUCCCCAAAUCAUUCUCAUAACCCUUCCAGGCAAUGUAUUCUGUAUGUACUGUUUAAUGCAUGAAGUCCCUGAGUCACAGAGCUACUUUGUCUUGGCCAAAAGAGAAUUGGAAAAAAUGCAAACAGUUCACUGAUGGCUUUUAAUGACCUGUUCAGAUGAAGGCACAAAGUGCCAGAGGCUGGCAGCAUGUUAUAAGGAUGCACAUUUGUGUAACAGUCUACAAACAUAAAAAUAUUUAAAAUGCAUAAAAGAGAUCUUAUUCUAGACUUGGGUGUAAUAGAAAUAAUUUAUUAAUGUUCUCCUUGGUUUUCUUGAAUAUUUGGGUUUGGCCUAUUUAUUCGAGAACUUGUCUUUACUAAAUUCUGACCUUGCUGAAGUUACUUAGCUUGAUCAUCUUCACCUUAAAAUAAGACCAAGGAGUUUUACUCACCCAAUUUCUACAUCAAGCUUAUAUAUUCUAUUUAAAUUGUAGCAUACUGCUUAGAAAGAUACUGGGAAAUGAUGGGUGCUUCAUGCCAUACUCUGAUAAUUUUUUUUUCUUUUUUUGUCACUGUUACAUGCCUUAGUUUCUGUCACACACUUCCCAAACACAAUCCUCUGUGAUGCUUUUCUCUGCUGAAAUUGGUUACUGUCAGAAAUCUCUACCAGGACAUGUCUGAGUCAAUAUCUGAACAUACUCUUAGCUAAUCUUGUUUAGGUGUUGCUACUGUGCUUUCUGGGCUUUGAGUCAUUUUAAAAAAAUUGUUUCUAGCUUUCCAGCAUCUGUUUGAGACAUGACUAGCAGAACAUUUCAGCUGUAAAAUUCAGCUGUAAAAUAGAUGUCUACAAUAAUAUAAGUACACACAAAAGGGCUGGAAGCAAGACAGAAGUUCGCUCUACCUGUGUUUUUAUUUUAAUCUGGACAGUACUUUUAAAACAUACAGUGAAAUACACUCUGGAAUGUGACUCAUAAACCAGUGUUUUGGGAGGGCUAUAUAAAAUACCUAAAUGAAGAUAUAUUCAGAAUGAUGACAGCAAAAUUAGACAAGUUUUGUGAGAUCAUAAACACCCAGGUAUUAGAGAGUUGGGGUUGCUCAGCCUGGAGAAGAGAAGGCUCCAGGUGACAUUAUAUUGCAGCCUUUCAGUACGUAAAGGGCCUGCAAGGAAGAUGAGGAUAGACUUUUUAUAGCAGAGCUAUUGUGAUUGGACAGGGAGUAAUGGCUUUAAAUUCAUUAAUAUGUUUAGUGAUAUAUUUAGAUAUAAGGAGGAAUUUUAUUAUGAUUAUGAGUGUGAUGAAAGACUGAAACAGGCUGUCUAGAGAGUUGGUGGAUGUCUGGUCCUUGGGAACAUUCAAAUUGGAUGGUGCUCUGGGCAACUUGAUCUGUUUGAAGAUAUCCUCACUUAUUCAAGGGGAUUGGGCAAGAUGUCCUUUAAAGGUCCCUUCCAACCCAGAGCAUUCUAUGUUCUAGGAUUAUUUAUAGGUUAAUAAACAUUUGGAACUAGAUGAAGUUCUGACUUGAGCAUCAUCCAAUUUAUGCCCGUGUUACAGCUCAGAAAUAACUGUUAGUGAGGAGAUCAGAUUCCUUCACAAUUGGUUUAAACAAGUGGAUACUUAGUCCAUGCUGCUGUCAGUGAGUCCUUUUCUUGAUCCUGCAGUGAUUCCCCUUUACUCUCAUUUUACAUUUUUACCAGUUCCAUAACAUUCUGUGGAGUUGUGUCUACAUUUAUAUGCUGCUAUGGUAAGAGUUAUGAUGUGGUCAUUCAUCAGAUGAUUUUUAUAAUUUUUUGUAAUUAUAUGGACAUCAUGUUGGAAUUGCCCUCACAGCCUGCAGAACCGUUCAAAUUUUCUGCAUAAGGUAAGAAACUGUAUGGCCUAGGACAGUCCAAAACAGAGGGGAAGGAGGAGUAGAGGAAGAGACAACAAAAGUUCAUACAAAUUUUAUCCGAGAGAGGUUUAUUUCGAAUUGGACUUCUGGCAAAUUAGUUUGUUGGGUGCAGCAAUAUGUAGUUAGAGCUUCAAAACAAGUCUUGCCAACUAAAGAGCAUGGGACUGACCUUUCAAUUCUUUCAUUUUGUAGUAUUUUUUUUAACUACUAAUAGUGUAAGUACAGGUAACAGGUUCCAUCAUGAAACUACACUCAAAACUACAGAAACUAUGGAAUAACCUGAGAGGAUACAGCCCAAUGUACUGUUGUAGCUAAUACACUAUGCAAGGUAAAUUUUAAGUGUUUAAAGAAACAGGUUCUUUUAUUCAGCUGCCUGUGAUAACAGAGGCUGUGCUUUGUGGCUGAGCAGGGCCACCCAGGAUCUAUGUUUUCAGGAACUAUUUUCUUUGCAACAAAGCAAAUUAUACAUACAGAGAUAUGAGCUCCCCAGGAUUAAACUGGGGAAGCUGAAUACAAGUUUGGAUGAUACUGCACAGAUUUGCCAUACCACAAAAAAGACAUAUGCUUGUACUAAUUAAAUAAUAUGUUGAUGCUACAUUUACAGGGAAAAAGUGCUCUACAGAUUUUGCUUAUUGUGAGUGAUAAAGAUAUAUAAGAUAUAUUUGGUCUCAAUGUACAUGAAGUAUUAAAACACAAUAUUGUGUUGUUCAUAUGAGCUGAUAUUGCAAACCAUGUGUUAAAAGUAAAACAAAUCUGCAGCUCUUUAUAUAGAAGAAAACUAUUUAAAUAGGAAAUGAAAAAAUUAUUAUCUAUUUGUUGAAUUCAGACAUGAUCAGAGUAAUAUUUUUCUUUCUAUUCCUGUAAUAAUUAAAUGCAUAUUUUUCCUCCAUAGCUGUUACUGCAUAACAGAUUUUUUUACUAUACAACAGAAUAAAUACCAUAUUAAACUGA